GCGACUUCCUGCCCCGCGCCGCAGAGUCACCGUACACAAACACCACCAAAUCACUGUGUGUCUCCACUAUCUCUCACAAUGAGAGGAACACGCAUUAUUGUUGAACUUGAGCAUAAAUGAAACCCGUUUCUGAGGGGUUCGUGCUGAAACGCGAGUGCCGAGAACAUGAACCUCCACCAGGUGCUCACAGGCGCCGUCAACCCCGGAGAAAACUGCUACUCUGUGGGCAACGUCAACAACCAGCCGUUCACGGCGUACGCCUCCGGAUGUGACAUCGUGAUUCUGGGCAGCGACUUUGAACGAGUCCAGAUCAUCCCAGGAGCCCAACAUGGGAACAUUCAGGUGGGGUGUGUGGACUGCUCUCUGCAGGGGGGACAGAUCGCGGCUUCGUACGGAAACAUGAUCUGCGUGUUUGAGCCGGUGGAGGUCAGUCCGCAAGGGAAAGCACAGAAACAGAAGCUGAAUUAUCAUUGGCAGAAGAGCGGGCAGUUCGCCCUGCAGUCCGUCGCACAGAUCCUGGCGUGGCACCCGAACGGUUCGUGUCUCCUGACGGGCUCGGCGAGUCUUCAGCUGUGGUGUGACGUGUGUGUCAGUGCAGAUCCUGAAGAUGAGGCCGUGGGUCCUCAGCGCUGCUGGAGAUGCAUAUGGCAAAGCAAGUCCGCCGCCUCGACUCACUUCAUCAAGUUUUCCCCUGACGGAGAGUUUUUUGCCACCGCAGGACAGGACGACUGCUUGGUGAAAGUGUGGUACAGCACCAGCAAAUGGCAGGCGGACGCCACCAAGCUCUUCACCCCGCUCGACCUGCGCUCCGAGAUCAACUUCUCCUUCAUUUACCUGGCUCACCCUCGCUCCGUCACCGGCUUCUCCUGGAGGAAGACCAGCAAACACAUGCCCAGAGGAGUGGUGUGUAACGUGCUGCUGACCUGCUGCAAGGACAGUGUGUGUCGACUGUGGGCCGAAACGCUUCUGCCCAGCGACUGCCUGCUGUCCGGACUCAGACACAACCAGUGCAACAACAACAAGACCAACAACAUGAAGAAGUCGUCCAGCAGCACCCUGAGCCAGAGCCCGAUGGAGCUGAACCUGAAGCCGUCGUGGAGAGAGGAGGUGAGGAGUUUAUCUCAGCUCUCGUACACCGGCCCUCUUCCACAGCAGCAGAACAAACACUACUCACACCGUGCCAACAUCACGCACGCCAACGCCCUGUGCCACUUCCACAUCGCUGCCAGCAUCAACCCAGCCACAGACAUCCCUCUGCUGCCCUCCAUCUCGGCCAUGAGCGGCGCGGAUGAGGAGGAACCGGGCGGCUCCUUCACCGUCCACUGGCUCAACAACAAGGAGCUGCACCUGACGCUGAGCAUGGAGGUGUUCCUGCAGCAGCUGCGGAGCCGAGACGAGCAGAGCGGCCCCGCUGACACACACGAUGUGGACGAGGAGGCGAGCGGCGCGUAUGCUGUGGCUGUGGAUCAUCAGGUGGAUGUUCUGCUGGGAGACUGGACCCGAGGAGCGGAUAUGCUGUUCAGCAUACACCCGAUGGACGGCUCGCUGCUGGUGUGGCACGUCGACUGGCUGGACGAGUACCAGCCGGGCAUGUUCCGACAGGCACAGGUGUCCUUCGUGUCCAGAAUUCCCGUGGCCUUCCCCACCGGUGACGCCAACUCGCUCAGCCGCAGCGUGGUCAUGUACGCCUGCAACAAAAACGUGGACCUGGCGAUCCAGCACGGGCGUCAGCGGCCCGCGGGUCUCACGCACUCGUCCUCGGCGCUGAUCGGUCAGAGCAAACCCUCGUCCAACAGCCUGCGCCUCAGCAUCUUCACCCCCAGCGUCCUGAUGAUCUCCAAACACGCCGACGGAUCCCUCAACCAGUGGGCCGUCAGCUUCGCCGAGGACUCUGGGUUCUCCACGGUGCUCAGCGUGUCCCAUAAGUCCCGAUACUGUGGCCACCGCUUCCACCUGAACGACCUGGCCUGCCACUCGCUGCUGCCGCUACUGCUGACCACCUCGCACCACAACGCCCUGAGGACACCCGACGCCGAUCUGACCCGGCCGCCGGACCCGGCCCGCAGGAGCCGAGCCUCAUCCGGAGGCGUCUCGCAGGACCCGAACGCCGUCUACAGCGAGCUGAUCCUGUGGCGCGUGGAUCCGGUGGGACCGCUGUCGUUCUCGGGAGGCGUGUCGGAGCUAGCGAGGAUAAACUCGCUGCACGCGUCGGCCUUCGCUAACGUGGCCUGGCUGCCCGCGCUCAUCCCCAGCAACUGCCUCGGUGUGUAUGGAAACUCACCCAGCGCCUGCUUCAUCGCCAGCGACGGACACUCGCUGAGACUGUAUCAGGCCAUCAUAGAGGCCAAGAAACUGCUGAGUGAACUCUCCAACCCCGACAUCUCCAAAUGCGUCAGCGAGGUGUUUAACAUCAUCAGCCAGCAGUCGACGGCCAAACCCGGCUGCAUCAUUGAGCUCGACGCCAUCACGGACUUUCAGGGGAAAGAGACGCAGCUGUUGCACGUGUUUGAGGAGGAGCUGAUCUUGGGAAAUGAGAAGAUAGACGACUGCCUGCAGGAUUCUGUCCCCAGCCGGACGCUGUUCUCCGCUCGCUUCUUCCUGGUGGUGGUGGAGAUCUCGGAGAACGCCAGAUCUCUCCUGCACAUGUGGCAUCUUCAGUUAGACGCCGUUCCCGUCAUUAUGGAGCAAACUCAACCUGCAGAGAGAGAGAGUGUGUCUCCAUCACCCACAAACUGCUCUCAGUUUAACUUCGAGACGGUCGGCUCGCCGCAUGUCCAGAGAGCGAGACUCGGCGCGUCCAACCUCCAGAGCGCCUGCCGCCUCGCGCUGACCCGCAGGAAGGUGUUCAGCCAGGAGCUGGCCGUGCCCCCGGGCGUGGAGGUCAUGCGAGCGACGCCUGCUGCAGGACACUUGAGUUCUUCGUCUCUGCAGCCGGCUGGACGGGCUCCGUAUCUGCUGGCCACAUCGUGCUCCGACGGAUCGGUCCGGUUCUGGAGGUGUAGCGCCGUCUCCGACCCCGAUAGCUCUGGAGAAGCGGCGUACGUCUGGGAGGAGUGGCCUUUGCUGGUGGAGGACGGCGUGGCUAGCACUAGCGCUCUGAGCGUGAGCGGUCGGAUAAUGGGUCUCAGUUGCUGCCACACCAGCAGAGUCGCCGUAGCGCACCAGAACAACGGAUCCGGUUCUGCCGAGCCACUCAUGAACGUGAGCAUAUUCCAGUGCGACUCCACCGGCGGCUCCCAGUGGAUGCUGGAACAGGUCCUGAAGGUCAGCGGCUCGUACAGCCCCAGUAGUAAUGAGUGCGAUAAGAGCCUGAUGGGCUUGUCGAGCAGUGAUUGGCUGGUUGUCGCUGGGAAGAGGCAGGUCCACUUAGACUGGGUUUCCAGAGAAGACGGUUCUCAUGUAUUAACCGUCGCUCUGGGAUCCAAGCUUUACAUGUACGGGUUGCUUUCGGGAAAACCUCCGGAUCUGGGUCUGUCCGACAGCGGCAGGGAGCACCACUGCGCCCGCCUGGUUCUGCUCAGAGUGGUGGAUCUAGUGUCGUCCGUCGAGGGGUCGCUACCCAUUCCGGUCUCGCUGUCUUGGGUGCGGGAUGGGAUCUUAGUGGUCGGGAUGGACUGUGAGAUGCACGUCUACUCCCAAUGGCAGCCGGCGCUGACCGCCGGAGGGAGCAGCGUGGGCACCGGCAGCGUGACGUCUCUGAAACUGGAAGGGCUCAGUCCGAAUCCUGCUAAAAAGACUCUGAGCAGGUCCAUGACCAGUUUGGCUCAGAAGCUCAGUGGAAAGAGAACCGUGUACGACCUCCCGGCUGAGAUGGAGGACUCUGGGCUGUUCGAGGCCGCGCACCACCUGUCGCCCACUCUGCCCCAGUAUCACCCGGUGCAGCUGUUGGAGCUCAUGGACCUCGGGAAGAUGCGGCGGGCCAAAGCCAUCCUUUCCCAUCUGGUGAAGUGCAUCGCCGGAGAGAUCGUGACCCUGAAGGACCCCGCUGUCAGCCAGGAGCGCCGUCUGCGCUCGCUCACCAUUAGCGCCAGCGGGAGCACCACCAGAGACCCAAAGAUGUUCAGCAAGGGCGAGAGCUCGGACUACACCGAGAUCGACUCCAUCCCGCCGCUGCCGCUGUAUGCGCUGUUAGCCGCCGAUGACGAAACGGCCCCCGGUGCCAAAGAAAGAGCGGACAGCGUGAGCGCUCACGGCGCCAGUGCGUCCAGUCAGAGCGGCGCUUACGAUGAGCUCUUCUCCAGCCCCGGCGUCAGCGCGGAUGACCUGGACCCGUUUGAUGCGGACGAGGAAGAUGCUAGCGCUAAAGUCAUCGAUCUGUCCAAGUACAGCCCCACGUUUUUCGGCUCGGAGCACGCUCAGGUGCUGUCCGGACACCUGCUGCACUCCAGCCUGCCGGGCCUGACCCGCAUGGAGCAGAUGUCUCUGAUGGCCUUGGCGGACACCAUCGCCUCCACCAGCACCGACAUCGGAGAGAGCCAAGGAAAAGGCAAAGGCGGAGAGACUCUGGAUGAAUGCGGACUGAAGUUCCUGCUGGCCGUUCGCCUGCACACCUUCCUCCUGACGUCUCUGCCCCCGGCUCAUCGAGCUCAGCUGUCCUGUCAAGGCCUGUCCACCUGCCACUACGCCUGGGCGUUCCACUCCGAGGCCGAGGAGGAGCUGCUCCACAUGCUCCCCGCGCUGCAGAAGGCUGACCCCUGCUGGCCGGAGCUGCGGGCCAUGGGUGUGGGCUGGUGGCUGCGCAGCACCAAUAAGCUUCGCAGAUGCAUCGAGAAGGUGGCAAAAGCUGCUUUUCAGAGAAACAACGACCCGUUAGACGCAGCCUUGUUUUAUCUGGCCAUGAAGAAGAAAGCUGUGGUUUGGGGACUGUACAGGUCUCACCAGAACUCGAAGAUGACCUCGUUCUUCAGCAAUAACUUCAGUGAAGAUCGCUGGAGGAGAGCGGCUCUGAAGAACGCCUUCUCUCUGCUGGGGAAACAGCGCUUCCAGCAUUCUGCGGCUUUCUUUCUGCUGGCUGGAUCCCUGAAAGAUGCUGUCGAGGUCUGUAUAGAGAAGAUGCAGGACCUCCAGCUGGCUCUGGUCAUCUGUCGACUGUACGAGUCGGAGUUCGAGAUGUCCUGCACCUACAAACGGAUCCUGCAGAGGCACGUGUUGGGUUAUGACCACCAGAUGGCGCCGCACCAGGACCCGUUCUUGCGCAGCAUGGCAUUCUGGGUAUUAGACGACUACAGCAGGGCACUGGACACUCUGCUGGAGCAGCCCAAUGAAGGCGCCGCCGGCUCGUCUCCCUGUAACCCUGAGGUGUUUAACUUCUACACGUUCCUGCGCUCGCACCCGCUGCUCCUGCGCCGCCACUUCGGCUCCUCCGAGAAGCCUGGCGUGUGUCUGCCGGUCGAGGGGCGCGAGGUCGACUCCAUCAGCCUCACCGAGAGACGGCUGUUCUUCAGCGCCGCGCACACACACCUGCAGGCCGGCUGCCCCAUGCUGGCGCUCGAGGUGCUCUCCAAAAUGCCCAAAGUGGUGAAGCGCUCGAAGGCGCGAGAGAACCGGCCCGUGUCGUGGAGCUCGUCCGACGGCCUGGAGAAGCAGGACUGGUCUCAGCCGGUCCUCAACGGCUUCCAGUCGGUGUCCUCGCUCUCGUCUCCCAGAGAGGACAGUCAUUCGGACUCGGUUCUGAGCUUUGACUGGAGCCAGCCCUCCCUCGCCCUGCAGGACGAGCCUCUGGAGAUGAAGUGGGACUCGGACGAGUCGGACGUGGAAGAGUCGGGCCUGGCCAUGAAGACCGUUCGCCCGGAGACCAGCGGAGACGCUCCGGUCUUGGCCUCCACCCCGACGGACCGUGGCGAUCCUCCCGCCCUGACCGAGGACAUCCUCGCGGCCCGGCUGAAGUUCAGCUCCUGCCUGAAGAUCCUGAGCUCGGAGUUACGGACUCUCUCCACGGGCUACGAGCUGGACGGAGGGAAGCUGAGGCAUCAGCUGUGCCACUGGCUGGAGCGUGAGGUGUCGGCCCUGCAGGGCGUCUGCGGGUACAACCCGUUCCUCCAGACCCCGCCCGAGGGCAUCUCCUCGGACCCGAGCCGGCGGGAGGAUCCGGGUCGGGAGGACCAGCGCCGGCGGAGGCUGUGGCUGAAGAGGAACCAGCCCUUGCUCCGCAUCUUCCUCAGUUACUGCAGUCUCCACGGCUCUCACGGAGGAGGACUGGCCUCCGUCAGGAUGGAGCUCAUUCUGCUCCUGCAGGAGUCCCAGCAGGACGAUGGUCUGCAGAUCUCUGUUCCCGCUCCGCAGAACGUCUCUGUUCCUCUUCUUCUUGCAUGGACCGCCAACUCCAAAACUGUGGUGGCCAAUCCCAUAGUGCACCUCACCAAUCUGACCCAUGACCUCCUGCAUACGAUCAACGCCCUCGACGCGCCUCCGCACCCGGACGUCGUCAACAACGAGAUCUUCGUGAUGCACACGCUGGCAGCUUCUCUGUCGGCCUGCAUCUACCAGUGUCUCUGCGACGGACACAGUUACAGCCAUGUAAACCCGUUCACGGGCAUCACGUACCAGAGCGUCCUGAUUACCCAUCAGCCCCCGGUGCGGAGUGUCAGCAUGGAGGAGCCCGUCCUGCCCAACACUGCUCCUGCCCAGUGGCCCGGAGUGAGCGUGCUGAUGCGUCUGCUGGAAUCGUCCUGUGACGAGAGUCAGCCCGGUCUCUCGGUGCUCCUGUGUGAGAUCCUGAGCGCCGUGUUCCUCAGCCUGUUCGUCCACGGCUUGGCCACACACUCCACACACGAGCUGCUCCGCAUCGUCGCACACCCGCUCAACGCUAAGCUCUGGGUCGCCGUGUUCGGCGGCGGCGCUCGAGUUCCCGUGCCGGAGAAACCCACAUCACCCACAGCUGCUGACCCUGGUGACCCCGUGGAGGAUGCGGAGCGCAAGCAGAGGCGCUUCAGGAUUCCCUCGUCCCGCAGUAACUCCAGAGACGCUCCCGCGAGUCCCCGACCCGCCGCGCAGCCGCUAGCACCCGUCUUCAGGGAGCGCUUCAUCCCGCCGGAGCUCAGCAUCUGGGACUACUUCAUCGCUAAGCCGUACCUGCCGCCGUCCGCCAGCCGAGUGGAAUACGACUCUGAGGAAAGCCAAGGCAGUGAGGAUGAGGAUGAGGAUGAGGAUGAAGGAGAUUGUUUCGAUGUCAGCUCUCCACUGGCAGAACACUCCAACAGUAACUCGUACAGCUGGUGUCUGAUGCGAUUGGCUAUGGUGCAGAUGGUGCAGUUCAACCUCAAGACCUUCUACCCAACGACAGGUCACGACCUCUUGGAUCUGCCCGUGUGCUCUCCGCUGUGUCACGCGGCUCUGAAGACGCUCCAGCGAUGGGAGACGCUGCUCCUCAAGAGGCUGGAGAUCUUCGGAGGUCCUCCGCCAAAGUUCAUCUCCUCGCAGCUGCUGGACGAGAGUGUGUCGUCGGGUCCGGCGCUCCUGCGGCACAAGGCCCUGUUCGAGCCCUCAAACACACCCUUCAGGUCCCGCCGGCGCUCGGCUCUGCCCGUGAAGCGACUCUGGCAGUAUCUGGUCAAACAGGAAGAGGUUCAGGAAACCUUCAUACGAAACAUCUUCACGAAGAAACGAGAUCUGAAUGAGGAGACUGACAGUGCGCUGCUGGAUUCCACACACAACCAGAUCGAGGCGGAUCUGGGAUAUCCUGGAGGAAAAGCUCGCAUCAUCCACAAGGAGUCUGACAUCAUCACGGCGUUCGCCAUCAAUAAGGCCAAUCGCAACUGUUUAGUGAUCGCCUCCACACACGACAUCCAGGAGCUGGACGUGUCGUCCAUCCUCGCCACACAGGUGCUCACGUGGAUCGACGACGAGGCGGAGGCCGAGGUCAAAGGGACGGAUGACUUCCUGGUGGUUCACGCGCGGGACGACAUCAGCACGCACAGCAGCACGCCGUACACACACAGCAGCCCCGGGACGCCCAUCAACAUGCCCUGGCUGGGCGGCCUGCAGACGGGCAGAGGAGCCGCCGUGCUCAUCAAGCGAAACAUUAACAACGUGAGACGGAUGACAUCACACCCCACACUCCCCUACUACCUGACGGGGGCUCAGGACGGGAGCGUGCGCAUGUUCGAGUGGGGUCACUCGCAGCAGAUCACCUGCUUCAGGAGUCCCGGGAACACCAGGGUCACCAGAAUACGCUUCAAUUACCAGGGCAAUAAGUUUGGGAUCGUGGAUGCGGAUGGAGCGCUCAGCCUAUGGCAGACCAGCACUUCAGGACAACCACACAAACCCUAUCUGACACUUCAGUGUCACAAUAAGACGGCGAACGACUUUGUGUUUGUGGGCUCGUCGUCUCUCAUCGCCACCGCAGGCCUGUCGACAGACAACAGGAACGUGUGUCUGUGGGAUACGCUGGUCACGCCGGCGCUCAGUCUGGUUCACGCCUUCAGCGUGCACGAGACGGGCUCCACGGUUCUGGCUCUGGCCUCUAAACAGCAGGUUCUGCUCAGCGGAGGGAGGAAGGGCUGGAUCAGUGUUCUGGAUCUGAGUCUGAAGGUCCAGCGCCAGAGUUUCCAGGCCCACGACUCGCCGGUCAAAGCGCUAGCUGUGGACAACACCGAGAGAAGCUUCAUCAGCGGAUCCGCCGAGGGCAACAUCAAGGUGUGGAGCAUGUCGACCCAGACGCUCCUGCACAGCUUCGCCAGCGAACACGCCAGACAGUCGCUCUUCCGCAACCUCGGCACGGGCGUUAUGCAGAUCGAGACGGCGCCGGCCAAUCAGGUGUUCUCCUGCGGCGCCGACGGCACCAUGAAGAUGCGCGUUCUCCCCGACGCCACGAGCGCGUAUGGCACCGCCAGGAACGACGUCAAGUUUAUCAUGUAGCACAAUGACUUUCUUUGCACACGGUAAGGCAAGCAAUACGAGAGAGAGACGCUGGCAGAACACACACACACACACACACACACACACGUGUCAUCAUGAGGGACGUCUUCAAGCACACUGCUAAUCUGACACGUGUAUAUCUCAGUCGAGCCUUAACUAGCCCAGCUGUUGUGAUCGUGCUCUAGCUAACUGUAGUGAUAAGUGUCCUUAUAUUUCUACGACCUCUCGUCUGGCGUCAGUGUGUGUGUGUGUGUGUGUGGAACAUAUGGAAGGUAUUGUACAUUACUCUGAUCAGCAGUAUUUCGAGUGUGUGAGUCUGUAGAUCCGCAUCAUUCCAGUGUAAUUAACGAAUCCAGAAUCCAGAUCACAGCAGCUUUUAUUUCAGAUGUACAUAUGAGAAAUAUAAAGCGUAUUUAUAAUCAUCAUCGCAGCUUCUGCAGACGUUUGUUUUUAGGAACGUUGUUCAGGGUUUAUUUUUAGGCUUUUCUUUGACCUGCGGUCUUCCUCCUUUUACCCGAUGAGGUCGUUCUCUCCCCGUGAUCCUGCUUUCUGACCUUUAACCUCUCAAAUGUGAAUAUAUACGCAAAUGAAUUUAAUUUUAUAACGAGUAUGAAGAGACCUGUAAUAUACAUGACUGUAAAGAGGAAAUAAAUGACUCAAUGCAG